AUGCCCACUGCGUUAACCAAGUUCACUCCUUACAGCCGUCCAGAUGCGGCUAUCAGUGCCCUGGACGCCAGAGCCAUUGGCUAUCAAGCACCGCUUGUCAUCACCACUCCGAAUAUGGAUUGGGUACUGGAACUCCACAAUGACAAUAUAGAAGAACUCACGGCUCGGGCAGAUGGACGUUUUGGAGCGGCUGAUUGUUUUCAAUGGCCACAGAUGUAUUGUAAGGAGUUCGAAUACACUGUCUGCAUCCCUCGCAAGGAUACCUCAUCGAUUGACCUGCAAUUCGCCUGGUUCACUCCCACUACAGCCGACUUCGCCAUUCAACCUGGGACUGCAUUUGCCGUCGGUACUCUACACUCACAUAUCGUCGACGGUAUUGACAACUUGCUUACCAUUGCUCGCAAGCGAGUUCAACCAUGGCAGGCAAAUCGUGCAGGCAAGAAGGACAUCGUCACCAACAUGCUCGCAUCCCUCAAGCACGACAUCAAUGUGCUCCGCCGACAUCCCUUGACGUACCGCGAUAUCAUCAUCUUUGUUGCUCAAGCGCAGCGCUCAUUCCUCGACAUCAUAGCUUUCAUGGAUUACAUUGAAAUAGUCCAACCUCGUCUCACCUCAGGCUGGUCCUCUUGGGGUCCACUUGAAGGGAACUCGAGAUGGAUGGGUUGCUUUACUACUGAUUCAAAGAUCUGCGACAUAUAUCUCAAUGCCGGCGUGCCCGUGUGGCUUGUUCGCGCAGAGGUGUAUAUUUCUCCCCAGAUGAACAUCAUCAAACCUGUCGUACUGACAUUCCCGGACGAUCUGACAAAGAACGUCUAUUGUGAAGGCAACAUCGCGCGACCAUUCCCCCUCCUGUAUCGUGGCCCUGGUGGCUUCAACCGUCACUUUCAUACCCGUCGGGCCUACACUGGCACUUUCGCUGUGAACCCUGGUGCCCCAUUGCCUUCGACACUGCCUCAAAACCCAGCUAGUGGUAAAGCCCCCUCUCGGGGACAAAAAAAUAAGAAGGCACAAAAGAUUACUUCCUCUCAAUUGAUGAAGCUGAAAGAUUCUAAGAUUGCUGACGCUCAACCUAACCAUGACAAAUGGGAGGACCUCCGCCGCCCAGAAAACCCCGAAGCCAUCGGCUUUUGGACUUCCGCCUUCCAGAAAGCGAACAAGGACAAAAAUCGUGUGAAAAAGGGUCUCGUUGACCAAGGGUAUCGGUUCCCUGAGCCUGCGCUUCUCAUCACUCCCAGUUCACCGGAGCGGAAGAAAUUGUUUGUUGCAAACUGGCUUGCUGCACGACCGCUGUGGAUCAGCCGUGUCGAUCACAACCCUCCAGAGCGCUUUCCCUCGCCACAACUUUGCCCCUCUGGCGAGCCCUCCACAAUAGCUUCAUCAUCGUCUGCAGGUCCUACUGCUGCAGCUACGCAGAAGCAAGCAGCCACACAAAUAUUUGGCGAAGAUCUUCGGGACGCCCAGGGUACCACAUGGGCCAUUGGCGAGAACGUGCAGUGGCGCAAUAUGACGAUAUCAAUAAUAUCUCUUUGCGACCCUCCUUCGCGCUUGAUGCGCCUUAUCCUGUGGGAGUUGUACGAGCUCAAUUUCCGUUAUGAGCUUCUAGCUCUAGAUCGAGUCAUGGCCCGCGCAUCGUGGGAGGAGUCACAACAUAAUCGCCGGGAUCUCCUUUAUAGUAUUUUCCCUGAAGAGGGCGGCUUUGUGAUGUGGUCAUCCUCUUUACCCGAUGACGAUAGUGGGUUGUGGGGUCGUCGGAUAAUUGACGCUUUCCCCUACGUCAACAAUUUCCGCAAGUUGUUGUCCUGCUGGGAGGAUUCCCCACCACGCCUCAAUGCACCAUUGGAUGCAAGUGCGUUCGAUGCUACCACGUACUUCCAGGUCAUGCAACAGGCUUGCGAUUUUUACGUGCAAUGUUUCUUCGACCACUUUGGCAGGCCCCCCGUCAUCCCGCACCGCUUUCCUGUGCAAUAUUUCUGCAAGUUUCAUUCCGCGAUCUGA